AUGGCUUGCUGUAGGAGCGAAGAGUACAAAGAGCAAAAUAGAAUCAAUAAGGAAAUUGAAAAGCAGCUUAAGAGAGACAAAAAAGAUGCAAGAAGGGAACUUAAAUUGCUUCUUCUUGGUACCGGUGAAUCUGGGAAAAGUACGUUUAUCAAGCAAAUGCGUAUAAUACAUGGUUCUGGGUAUUCGGAUGAGGAUAGAAGAAGCUUUAUAAAACUCGUGUAUCAGAAUAUAUAUAUGGCAAUGUACACAAUGAUUCGUGCAAUGCAAACCCUUAAGAUCCCUUAUGAGAACCCCAAUAACCAGUCAUACGCGGAAUCUAUUAGAGAAAUCGACUAUGAAUCAGUCACCACACUGGAUCCGCAACACGUGGUAGCAAUCAAAUCUCUGUGGGAUGAUCCAGGAAUUAAAGAGUGUUACGACAGGAGGCGCGAAUAUCAGCUUACAGAUUCUGCAAAAUACUACCUUGAUAAUUUAGAUCGAAUCUCUAUGACUGACUAUCUGCCUACAUUGCAAGACAUCCUUCGUGUCAGAGUUCCGACGACUGGGAUAAUUGAAUACCCAUUCGACUUGGAUUCCAUUAUUUUCCGGUAA